GAUUAAUUCAUCUCUGGUAAGUAAUAAAAACUUUAGGCCUCUUUGGUACUGAUCCCCUUUUUUUUGUUUUUUUUUUUGUUUUUUCAAACACAAAUUCGAUGCGACGGAGUAAUCCGGCGAGUGGUUGAUUGGUCACAAUCUGCAGGGUUUGUUUGGUAACACAAAACCAAAAAAAAAAAAAGAGAGAAAAAUCAGUUGUAAAUAAUAGAGAAGUCCAGUUAUCGGCGCGUCCAAACCAUGUUGAGUUUGUGUUAGUAAAACUUUAAGAAAAGAAGGUGACAGUGCCAAAUGAUGCCGCAGAUUUCAGUAUGAUUUCUCUCGAGUUUAUGUUUGUCGCCGUCAUUCCCAGUUGCCAGAUUCGCCCGUAAAUGCAAAAACUCUAUACGUAGAUGCUUGGUUCCGUUCCUUAGGAUUCAAUUGUUAAUGAGCUUUCUCUCGAAGAUAUCUUAAGACCUGUGUCGUUUUAUGAUCGGAAAGUUAGAUCGACUCUUGUUAAUCCAACCAAAACUCGGGGAACGAUCCAUAUGAGUUGUUCUAAGCGUACGAAAGAAGAAAGAGAGAAUUGACGAGUUUUGUCACCGUUAUCUAGUGGAACAAUAUGGAGGACGAAAAUGGCCUCGAGCUCAGCUUGGGGCUCUCCUUUGGUGGUUCUUCAGCGAAAUCUAAAGCUAAAGAUCCGACUUCCGAUCCUAAAUCGGAGGAAGGAAGCAGUAAUAAAGGCCACGUAAACUCUUCGGACAUUCAUUUCACUAGCUUUUUUCAAGCAAAAACCGAGAAGAGUGAUCCAAUUCCACAACCACAAAGGAGCUUUUGGACCGAUCUUGGAAAAUCUCCCAUUGCAAGUAGCUCUAAUACUGAACAUGUUGGUCAAUCUCAAAACCCCAUUUUUCAAGAGCUUUGGAUGCCGGCUAAUAAAGGGAACGACACUGACGAAGAACGAUCGAGCCUGAACAAACGUAAAAUGCCUUCGGAGGAUAUUAAUUUCCAAAUAAAGCAUCAGAAAAGAAAUUCACAUGUUUCGAUUAACACGGGGGAUGGAUCGACCGGUGAAAAUGAGGAUGUCGGUGAAUCGGAAGUGGAAGGCUCAAGCUCUUGGUUGGUUUCGCAGAGCGAAGUUAGUACAAAGCGAUCGGAUGUUCACAACUAUAAGAUUGCGGACAAGCAAUUGGGAUCGGAAUCCAAUUCUGAGAUCGGUAAAGUGGCUUAUGGGAUCCCUUUGUCAUUUCAAGCGGUUAACGUCAUGACCGUACCAUACCCAGUACCUUUUAAGGUAGCAAGUGCUUCUGGGACAGCUGCUGCCGCGCCUUUUAAUUCUUCUUGUGUCAUGCAAUACAUGCCCCUUUCAACUGGUGAAAAGCCAGUUGGAGGACAAGGAGGGAAUGCUGGCAAUUUACAAGUGGCUUUUGGGUACCCAUCAAUGCAGCUACCGACACUCGAGACCAAUCCAUUCUGGACAUUGGGGAGGAAAGAACAGGGUGAUGGAACAUUUGAGUCGCAGAAUGUUGAAGAUGAUAAAAGGAAAUCGGACGGGCCAAUACAGUUGCCUCGCAUUCCGUCACCAGCUUUGGCAUUUGAAGCAAAAACCCUAGAAUUAGUUAAAGGAAGCAACAAGCAGGCCGUCGACGCUGGCCCAUCAUCCGCAGCUCAGGCUGAAGAAGAGAACAAGGGAAACAACACUACCCUGAAACAAAAGGAAGCGGCAAAUGAACCUGCUUUGGAAAGCACUUCUCACAUAAGCUCUUUUAUAAAGCCGGGUAUUGCGGCGAACUUGAAGUUCGGUGGAUCCGGGUCGCGUCCUGACCUUCCAUGGGUUUCGACUACCGGGCCGGGCCCAAAUGGUAAAACCAUAUCCGGCGUUACCUAUAAAUACAAUGAAAACCAAGUAAAAAUCGUUUGCGCUUGUCACGCGACUCACAUGUCUCCCGAAGAGUUCGUAAAGCAUGCGAGUACCGAUGGCCCGAACCAAGAAGAUAAUAAUAACAAUAAUAUGAAUGCUGCUUCAUUUCCUGCGGGCCACCACCCAGCAGCAUCGGCCCAAAACUAGUUCUCAAGCUCAUGUGAAGUUUAUUUACGGUGUCUUUGCGACCACUUACAUAGCGGAUCGAUGGCCACUGCAAGAUGAGCUAGGUGCCAUUUUAAUCCGCCACCUGUGUGCUUUUCGUAAUUUUAUGUUCUCGCCUUUUCUGUAUUCUGAGAAAGUUCAGGAACUUAUUGUAGUACUUAAAAAUGUUGUCUUCUUUUUGUUUAAAUAUUCUAAGAUGUAAUUCUCUGAAAUCGUCGAAGAAAUGAGUGUAUGUAGUCAGAUUCCUAAAAUUUACUUCACGCAUGUUGUUAAACUUACAAACUUCAAAUGUUUGAAUGUUUAUUGAUAAGUAAUUUAAAGUUCUAUCAGACAUUUUUA